AUGGAGGGGAAGGACCUCUUCGCACCGGAAAGAAUUCUGCCUCGGCCCACCGCCCAACAGCCCACAAUCCCUCCCACAAUUCGUAGUAGCGAAAAGUUCGAUAUUUCGCAUCAACGAACGAGACGAGCCCCCUUCGAAACCCGACCGCCAAGCACGCGACACCAACGAUCCCGCAGCCGCAGACUCGACAUAGCCAGGAAUUUUUGA